CGCAACCAGAGCGGAUUAUCAGAACAGGUUUUUUUUUUUGACUGCCUCUUUUGCCUAACAGAACUCCCCCGUGUAACGACAGGGAGGAGUUAAACUGAUUUGUGGGAGAACCGGGGUAACUUAAGACGUUUGGGAACGUUCCUUUAGCGAACACUCUUGGGGUUGCCAGCUGAGUGCAGACCACUAACAUUCCGUCGGUUUAAUCUACUGCUCGAGAAAACUUUGCUUCGUGAGACAUAUGUUCCUUGUGAGAUAAAAAGGCGACUUCGACCGGUGCGGCUCAUUUUAAUAUACAAUGCGGUAGUGGUGUCCUGGCGGAAACGGUGAUUGCUGAUCCAAAACAGGGAUAACAAAAGUAAAGGUAGGGUGUCAGCGCAACAGGUAAAGAGAAGUUCACGCCGUUCGUCAGAGAGAGAUUAACACCAACAGUAACAACAUGUCCAAAUCCAACCUCACGGGAACUUACCACAUGGUAUCUCAAGAUAAUAUGGAUGGUUACCUCGCAGCUCUGGAUGUGAACUUUGCUCUGAGGAAGGUGGUGUGUAUGCUGAGACCCACCAAGCAGAUCCAACAUGACCCCAGCAAUGGACACAUGGCCAUCAAAACCGUCACCACCUUCAAGAACUUUGACAUGGACUUCUACCUGGGCAAGGAGUUCACAGAGGACCUGGGUGCCGUUGAUGGCCGCAAGUGCCAGACGACAAUCGACUGGCAGGGUGAAAAGCUGGUGUGUGACCAGAAGGGUGAGAAGGAAGGCAGAGGAUGGACACACUGGCUGGAGGGAAACCAGCUGCACCUGGAGCUGAGAGCAGAGGGGGUGGUUGCCAAGCAAGUUUUUAAGAAGGCAGAGUGAAUGUGGGGGUCGUGACCAGAGUUUUGCCAUGGCAACCAGUGCUCUGGUGGCCAUAAUGCUACACAGAGAUGGAGGCCUUCCUGCCAAAGGUUUAAUGUGAUAGCGUUAGCAUAGCCUUUAUUAUUAUUCUUAAAAAAAAAGCAAAGGCAAUGGAAGACAUUAGUCCCUCCUCCUCCUCCUCCUCCCAAUGCGAUGGGUGUAUGGACCUCAACUGGGGGCCCUGCCUGCUGUGGGUGAAUCUGAUUAAAAAUUGUUUCCCCCUAACUGCGCUAUCCCAAAAUGGCCGCUGGGGGUGGAAUAGAUCUUCUAGAUCCAUACUGGAUCCUGGCCAAAUCUGUCCCCCAAUCAGCUGGUGCCCAAAUCUCAGACAGGAAGUAGAGCUGGCUGAGUCAUGGCUGACCUCCUCCCACUCUCCAUGGGAACAGAAGCGGUACAUUCUCCAAUGAUGUAGCUAGUUUUCAUGCAUGCAAAUACACUGUUACAACAACA